GGAUUUUCCAUCAAAACGCAUAAUUGUGUGAGUGGAAGUCGAUAAGUUUACUACGCUUGUGCGCUUAUUUCACUUUACCGAGAGAAUUUGUCGUGUUCUGUCCUUUUAAGUGAAAUUUUAUUUUUAUUUUACAAAGAGCGAUAUGAGCUCGCCCGAUGACAAUCCUGGGCCGUCAAAGCCGCGUGAGAAGAAGCCCUCACCUCGCAUCUCAAGCAGCGAUACCAAGUCGUUGGCUCAGACUAACGGCAAUGGUGGCCAUGGUUCCGUAUCCGGAGCAUCUACAACUGCAGGACCUAGUUCCGCCGGCAAUGAAAAUCGCACAGGUGGUCGUGGUAUAGAUGGACAUGGCUCCGUUGGUGGAAAGAGUGCCGGAGUAGGACCAAACAAUAUACGCGACCGCCUGCUGGUGGACCGCUCCAAAACCGCAUCAGUGGAUCUCACGCUAAGCGAAGGCUCUAAUUCGCCUCACAGGAAAGAUCUGAACUUUAACGACUCCGACUCGGAUCAGUUAAAUGUCGUAACCGUUGAUGGUAUUACCUAUAAGUCUGAAAAGAAGAUAAAGAAGAAAAGUCAACAUGAACGCCGCAGACGCCGUGAUCGCCGUAAUCGUGACCGCCGUGUAUCAGGAGAUUUAGGUCUCAUGGGAUGGACUGGGGAAUUCCCAAAGCUAACGCCCAUAUCCAACAUCGAUAGUAACUCGAAUGCGGAGCCGCUGUCGACGGCCAUGCCGCGUGUACUGCCAUGGAGUGGUCUAAAGGUUUUUCCAAGAGUGGAACCGCAAGAGGAGACAGCAGCAGGUUCAACAAAGCCAGCUCAAAUCACUAAUAAGUCUAAGGAGCAGCAGCAGCAACAAAAGCAGCAGCAGGAACAGAAGCAGCAGCAGCAACAGAAGCAGCAUCAACAAAAGGAGCAGCGACAAAAGCAGCAGCAGCUGCAGUCGUUAGUAUCGUCGGUCGACACCAUUCUGUCCUCAAACUCUGACAUGAAUAUGUCGGUGUCAAUGGCAUCAGGACGUGGAACAGAAACGAAACAUGCAUUCGAUUUAGAAGCCAUUAGAAAAAAAACUACCACAACUACAACCACAAGCAAGAAUCCAAACGCAACUGGUACUGCAACCACAUCCAGUUCCAGUACAACAGCAUCCAACGUGCAACGUGCUGUAUUAGACAUCAAGGAUGAAGUUAUGAAGAAGAAGCUGGCAAAGGAAAAGGUUAAGCAGGAGCCGGCCGAAGACAAGCAGCAGCAUGCCAAGCCUGCCGGGGAACAGGUGGUGGACGAGGAUAAGAGCAACUCAAAUGCACCAUUGGUACCAUCGGCGCCGGCGAUGCCGAGUGUAGGUGUCCGCAAACUCAGCACGUCCAAAAUGGACACAAAGCUGGCUACAAAAGAGGAUGCCAAGAAGAAGGCGGAAGCUGAGGCUCUUUUGGGCAAACCACUUAAGGAAGCCAGGGACGCCAUAUCCGCUCGCCUCGAACAACGUUCCAUGUCGUUCACUAACCACGAUUCGCGGCCGGAGGAGGUGCGUCGUACAGUGCGCUUUAACAGCCAUGGACCGCUGGUCGAGGACACGAAGAAAGUGAUAAAACAACCCACCGGCAACAUUUGCACCGCUAAUAUUAUUACCGCAGCUCUGAAGCAAAAAUCCGCCAACGAGCGGGACCUCUUUAUACCCAGCUCUGGGAAUCCAAGGCGUCGCACCGGUGACGGUUUCUUUAUUGCGCCCAACGGGCACACCGCACAGAAGGCAGUACCGGAAUCGGAGGAAGUGAGUGUGCCUCCAGCCACCCCGUCCCACGUAGUGCGACCGAAGACCCAACAGCCCCAGCCGUCUCCCUUGGCGGUCACUGGAAAGCGAGUGCCGAAGCCUAAGGUGCCCAAAGGGGCAAGUCCACCGAGCGAGGGCUGGACCUCCACCAUGGCUGUUAAGGGCAAAUCUCGGGUGCAGGCAUCCAGCAACGCCAGCAGCAGUUCCGGUGGCUCGCCGAUUGUUAUUAGCUCCACUCGCAAACGAAGCUUCAUGCCCAGGGCUCACGGAAGAGGAUUAUCCCAGAAGACCAAGCCUUGUGCGCGCUGUCAGGCUCCUAUGAUUUCAGCCGGGCACACGCCUGAUAUGUGCAAGAGGUGUAUCUAUUUUAUGAAAAAGAGUGAGAAGGAAAGCGAGAAAAAGCAGAUGCCGGUGCAUGAAGAUCAGAAUAAUGAUGACGAUGAUAUGGAGAGUGUGAGCAGCGUCAUGGAGGUCGGCGAGGAAAUUGAAAUGCCCAGUCAAAAUCCGCCGGCAAAUCGUUUUAACAACUUGGGUCAGAAGCCCGCUUCAAAGGAACAGGAGGUGGUUGUGAUUGGAGGACGGAAGGCUAUAGCCAUCAAAGCCGAUUCGCCUCGUCGCCAAAUGAAAGUGAUUCCACGUCAGCAGAGUUUGAUUGGCUCUGAAACGAUCUCAAAUAAGAAUUCGAGCACCGACUUGGUGGCGAGCCUGGGCGAUGCCCACAAUGGAUGUCAAGUGCUGAUGGCCAUUAUGAAAACACUGAACCUGAAGGAACGUGCCAAAAUGGCGCGGGUUUGCAAAACUUGGGCCAUGGUCAGUCGGGAUAAGAGUGUAUGGCGUACGGUUAAUCUUCGCGAUACCUAUAUUAGCAACUGGGUGUACUGCCUGCGUGAGCUCGCACGCCAUCGCACUCGCGAGCUGGACAUGUUGGGCGUAAUAUUGACGAGGCCGCAGAUUCUCACUACUGGCGACAUGCGCGUCCUGAAAGCAUUGCGCGUAUUACGCACUGGUAGAGUUGGUGCCGAGUUCCUUACAUUGGUCUUUCGCCAUUUGCCGCAACUGCUGGAGCUAAGGACAAUCUGCACCAGUCCAACUUUAAAUCUCAGCCAUCUUGGAAGUCCAUCAGAUGAGCUGCGCGUACUUCACAUCUACUUGACGGACCGCCGAAACAAUUUGGCAUCAAUCCACUCUCUGGGCAACCUGAUGAAUCUAACCGAGUUGAGUAUACGUGGAGUGCAUUUUCUAGGCGCGCAGGACUUCCUGUUCUUGACGAAACUAACUUGUCUGAAGGUACUAGUGUUGGGUUCAUGCCAGGGCAUGAACACUGAGGAAUUUGGCCAGAAAGUGCUGCCAUAUCUAAAGGCUCUACAGUCGAUCCGCUUGGAGAACGAGCAUCAGGUCAAUGCAAAGUUUCCGUUGAACGAUAUUAUGAAUGGUAUAGCCCGUGCUGGUGGGGUAAAGCGACUGGAGCUGGUUAAUGUGGAUGUAGAUGACAGUCUUACCGGCUCGAUUGGCUUGUGCAGAAAUGUUACCGAACUGCUGCUGGCCCCAAAGUGUAUUCAUAAUUCGGCCAACAUGAUCAGUGCCGUGAUGCGGGCCGUUCUCGACAAUGCCGAGCAGUUGCGCGUGUUCCGCCUGGGAUUGGUUACCCAGUUGUUGAGUGCAACUGGGGCGCUGUACAAGGGAAGUAAGAAGGAUGUGAUCCCCGUGCAGCGCCCGGUUCCGGGAGUCCCAUUGAAUGAUGACCUUAAUUCUUGUGUCCCCGACGACGAAUGUGCGGAAAAGGACCACUCGGACUGCGUGACCUUUCUGCCCGUGAAGCGCCUGAUGGCGAUUCUGCGCGAUAUGGCACCGCAGGCUUGGGUUACGGUGGCCAAGGUGCACAUGUGCGACACCACCUGCAUCAAGUUCGUGCGCCGUCCAAGGGAGAGCACCGUAUAAGAACGUUCAACGCACUAGUUAUGCGCCUAGGUGCCAUAAGAUAGCUCAUAAGUAAGCCCUCCCAGUACCAGAGAAUGCCAAGACUGAGUCUUCGAGAAGCAUCACCCGAACACAACAUUUUAACAUACUCUCUCUAAAAUAUCACUUAACGACGUUCAGAACGUCUCUGUGUCACAACCGGCAGACGCAUUGAAGCGACGCUGCGUUUUAGUUUAAUUUCAAAUUGACGGUUUGUAAGAACAUACAAAAAAACAUGUAAACACAAUAAAAAGGGUUAUUUGCUGGAGUGGACAAAUAGUUUCUUGACUAAA